UGUGAAUUGUUUAUCUCACCAAUACAUUUUCAGCUUUUAAGAUUCAUUCACGAUUCGGGGGAUGUACUACAAGAGCACGUCGAGGCUUUCGCCGCCUGGAACUCUCUUUUCAGCGAGGGUUUUUUUUUUUUUUUUUUAGACGAGCCGUGAAGUUUGACGUACCAGGGGACAAUUUUGGCUAACGGACAGUCGGGAUGCAAGAGGAUUCCCUGUUGCUUACUUCCAUCUUCGCUGAGCUGGACCCCGUGAAGUACUAAACCUUACUUUUUCAGUCCUGGCCCUCAGUAUUUACUCGAACAGUGUAAGGCUAAACAGUCUGGGGAAGAUACUGAAAUGGCUCCUGACACUACGACAUGUCUGUACAUUUCUGAAAGAUAAAUAAUCCACAAUUUGUUCUAUUAUACCCACGUGCAGCUGAGUUCGGCCUCUUGUCGAAAACACGUAUUAUUAGUGAUAGUUGUUCUACUAAUACAUUAGCUGUUAUAAGGUAGAGUUUCUGCUACUGCCCAAAACACAUUCUCAUUUUUGACACUGCAACGCUUUUCCGGGUUUUUAUUUGUAUUUUUAUAACGUUACUUUGGAAUGGGGAGAUACUCCUCUUGAUAUUAAGACAUCUUUGGCUCUACAUGGCAUGCGUGCUUGGAUGACAUUUACCCAACCUAGCUAGCGCACAUACAGUAACUUAUUUAGUAAGAAAGCAUGGAAAUAAACGUCGGCUAACAAGCAGUGCUACAGCAGCUCACUGGGUUGUUCGGUUAGAGCUAAGUGCGACAGCCUUUUGCCCGCUGUGCCGUAGCUAGAGGAGCAUGGCGUCCCUCGGGACUUUAAAACCCUUGUUGACCGUUCCCCGACACUGGCUGUGCGUCAGGUGUAUCCAGCCCAGAUGUUGUUCUCAUUUAGCGAACACCACUGUCGCCUCAAGGGAGAGGAGGACAGCUGUGGACAAGCUCAAGACUCGGUUGUCCUCUGGCCCCAGUUUUCAGGAUUUCGUCAGAGGAGCUUCGGUCAAUAAGACUCAAGCCGCGGAUGGAGAGUACGCAGACAAACACGCUUAUCUGUCUGAGGACUUGGAGAUGGGGAAUUCAAGGAAAGUGUAUUUUGAGACCUAUGGAUGUCAAAUGAAUGUAAGCGACACAGAGAUAGCCUGGUCCAUACUCCAGAGGAAGGGGUAUCAACGCACGGGUGAAUUAAAUGAGGCAGACGUUGUCCUUCUGGUUACAUGCUCUAUAAGAGAAAAAGCUGAACAAACGAUUUGGAACAGACUGCAACAACUGGCGGCUGUGAAAAGGAAACGGCCAAAGACCCAAAUGCCAAUGAAAAUUGGGAUUUUAGGUUGCAUGGCAGAGAGGCUAAAGACCGAGCUUUUGGAGCGGGAGAAGCUGGUAGAUGUUCUUGCUGGUCCAGAUGCCUACCGGGACCUUCCCCGCCUCUUGACUGUAGCUGACGGAGGCCAUCAGGCGAGCAACGUGCUCCUGUCAUUGGAGGAGACCUACGCUGACAUCAUGCCCGUCCACCAUGCUCCUCAGGGAUACGGUGCUUUCGUGUCCAUCAUGCGAGGCUGCGACAACAUGUGCACUUACUGCAUCGUUCCCUUCACCCGAGGGAGAGAGAGGAGUCGACCUGUGAGCUCCAUUCUUGAGGAAGUUCGUAUGCUCUCGGACCAGGGUGUGAAGGAGGUGACGCUGCUGGGUCAGAACGUGAACAGCUACAGAGACACGUCAGAAGAACAGUUCUGUGGCUCAGACCUGACCCAGCUCAGCCGGGGCUUCAAGACGGUCUACCGGACAAAACAGGGAGGUCUGCGCUUCUCUGACCUGCUGGACCAAGUGUCGCGCAUCGAUCCUGACAUGAGGAUUCGAUUCACCUCCCCGCAUCCCAAGGAUUUUCCCGAUGAGGUUUUGCAUCUUAUCGCGGAGCGAGGAAACAUUUGCAACCAGAUUCACCUUCCAGCCCAGAGCGGGAGCAGCCAGGUCCUGAAAGCAAUGCGCCGUGGAUACACAAGAGAGGCUUACCUUGAUCUUGUGAAUAACAUUAAGAGAAUCAUCCCAGGGGUGAGUCUCAGCAGUGACUUCAUCUCAGGCUUCUGUGGUGAAACAGAGGACGACCACCAACAGACGCUGUCUCUGAUCAGAGAGGUGGGCUACAAUGUGGGAUUCCUUUUUGCCUACAGUAUGAGAAAGAAAACCCACGCCUACCAUCGGCUCCACGAUGACGUGCCAGCAGCGGUGAAGCGGCGGAGGCUGGAGGAGUGUAUCCAUGUAUUCAGGGCGGAAGCUGCGAAGGUCAACGCUGCUCUCAUCGGCAGCACGCAGCUUGUCCUGGUGGAGGGAGAAAGUAAAAGAUCUGCCAAGGACCUGUGUGGGAGAACUGAUGGCAACAUGAAAGUGAUUUUCCCCAAAGAGGACGUCGCUGCUCAGCCCGCAGAAUCCAGCGCUGCACCGAUCAAUGCUGGAGACUAUGUUCUGGUGAAGAUAUCGUCGACCAACUCCCAGAGCCUGAGAGGUCGAGCCCUCGGUCACAGCUCCCUGAGACUCUGCCUAGGCACCAGGUUGGUGAACGUGUGGCCUCAGACACAACCAUGAUUGAAACCUGCCCUCGAUUGACACAGGUCACAGCACGGGAAACAAACUUGGAACAACUGGCACACUUCCUUCUCCUUCCCGUGUCCUACUUUGAAGACACAUGGAGGCUGUUUUUACAGGAAUUUUGGUCAUCUUCCAGUCACACUGGACUGCUGUUAUUGUGUUAUUUAUACGGUAAGCACCAACUAUGUGUAUGUACAUAUUGAACUACUUAAAAUACUGAAACUUAUUUGAAUGAUGUAAAUUAAAACAAUACUGUUUGUUUUGCUGUAA